GCUGGAGUUUGGGAGUCGGAGCGGUUUGUGAAGUGAUUUUUUUUUUUUAACUUCGCAAAGGCAAACGGCUGGCUUGGAAGCCUAACCUGCUCCCACUCGCCGGACGUGCGCCUGGUUCUUUCCUUGAGCCCCAAGCGUCGCUCGCGGUCGUCAUGCUGUGAUGUGUGCCCCGGGAGGAACUGAUCACCCACACACCCUGGAUCUCACUGCAUUCUGGACAUGACUGAGCCCCUUCAAUGGGCCAGAUACCACUGGCAGCAGCUGAUGGGAGGUAGAACCGGGGAAGAUGAUACAAGGCCAUACAACUACUCCUCUCUGCUUGCUUGUGGAGGCAAGUCCUCGCACACCCCCAAAGUGUCAGGAAAGCACCGGGUGGUUGUUCCCCAUCUCCAGCCUUUCAAAGACGAGUAUGAGAAGUUCUCAGGCACCUACGUGAAUAACCGAAUACGAACAACCAAGUACACACUUCUGAAUUUUGUACCAAGAAAUUUAUUUGAACAAUUUCACAGGGCUGCCAACUUAUACUUCCUGUUCUUAGUGGUCCUGAACUGGGUGCCUUUGGUGGAAGCCUUCCAAAAGGAAAUUACCAUGCUGCCUCUGGUGGUGGUCCUUACAAUUAUUGCAAUUAAAGAUGGUUUGGAAGAUUACAGAAAGUACAAAAUUGACAAGCAGAUCAACAAUUUGGUGACUAAAGUUUACAGUAGGAAAGAGAAAAAAUACAUUGAGUACCGUUGGAAGGAUGUCACGGUUGGAGACUUUAUUCGUCUGUCCUGCAAUGAGAUCAUUCCUGCCGACAUGGUUCUGCUCUUUUCUACCGAUCCCGAUGGAAUCUGUCACAUCGAGACUUCUGGUCUGGAUGGAGAGAGCAAUUUGAAACAGAGGCAGGUGGUUCGGGGAUUUGCAGAUCAGGACGCUGAAGUUGAUCCCGAGAUGUUCUCCAGUAGGAUAGAGUGUGAAAGUCCAAACAACGACCUCAACCGAUUCCGGGGCUUCCUAGAACACUCCAACAAAGAACGUGUAGGUCUCAGUAAAGAAAAUUUGUUGCUCAGAGGCUGCACUGUCAGAAACACCGAGGCUGUGGUGGGCAUUGUGGUUUAUGCAGGCCAUGAAACCAAAGCAAUGCUCAACAACAGUGGGCCACGGUACAAGCGCAGUAAAUUAGAAAGAAGAGCAAAUACUGAUGUCCUCUGGUGUGUCCUGCUUCUCAUUGUCAUGUGUCUAACUGGUGCAUUGGGUCAUGGAAUCUGGCUGAGCAGAUAUGAGAACAUAUUUUUUUUUAAUAUUCCUGAGUCUGAUGGACAUGUCAUAUCACCAUUGUUGGCAGGAUUCUAUAUGUUUUGGACCAUGAUAAUUUUGUUGCAGGUUUUGAUUCCCAUUUCCCUGUAUGUUUCCAUCGAAAUUGUGAAGCUCGGGCAAAUAUAUUUUAUUCAAAGUGAUAUGGAUUUUUAUAAUGAGAAAACAGACUCAACAGUUCAGUGCCGGGCCUUGAACAUCACCGAGGAUCUCGGCCAGAUCCAGUACCUCUUCUCUGACAAGACCGGGACCCUCACUGAGAACAAGAUGGUUUUUAGGAGAUGUAGUGUGGCAGGAUAUGAUUAUUGCCACGAAGAAAAUGCCAAGAGAUUAGAGUCCUAUCAGGAAGCUAUCUCUGAAGACGAAGAAUUUGCAGACAGUCCCGGCAACUCCUUUGGCAAUAUGGUGAAGCUGCCACCCCACAGCUGCAGGGCUGCCCAUCAUGGGCCUCUGGGAAGGAAGCCCUCACAUCCUCUGGCUGGAAGCUCUUGUGCUCUCGGAAGUGGAGAAGGAGCCAGCGAAGCGUCUCAUGCCAGACAGGCGGCUUUCAGUAGCCCCAUUGAAACAGAUGUGCUCCCAGACACCAGACUUUUGGACAAAUUUAGUCACAUUACACCUCAGCUCUUUACUCCCCUGGAUGAGAACACUGACGUUCCGCCCCUGGAGACCUUGUACAUCAUGGAUUUCUUUAUUGCAUUAGCGAUCUGCAACACAGUUGUGGUUUCUGCUCCUAACCAACCACGGCAAAAGAUCCGACUCUCUUCCCUGAGUGGAAUGCCCAUCAAGUCCUUGGAAGAGAUUAAAAGUCUUUUCCAGAGAUUGUCCGUGCGAAGAGCGAGUUCACCAUCUCUUGCCAGUUUGAAAGAGUCCUCUUGUGGAAUUCCAAAUGCGUUGGUGAGCAGACUCUCCCUCUUCAGUCGGGUGAAGCCGGCUUCACCCGUGGAGGAGGAAGUCUCCCAGAGCAGCGAGAUCGAGAUCGCACACAACGCCAGUGACUCUGCCUGCUGUGCAGAAACUGAGAAACACAGCAGUCACACAGAACUCACCGAGGGGAAAUCUGCCCCUGGCCCACCCUUGGCCUCUGCCCUGUGUUACGAGGCCGAGAGCCCCGAUGAAGCGGCCUUGGUGUAUGCUGCCAGGGCUUACCGGUGCACUUUGCAAUCACGGACACCCGAACAGGUCAUGGUGGACUUUGCUGCGUUGGGGUCAUUAACAUUUCAACUCCUACACAUCCUGCCCUUCGACUCAGUGAGAAAAAGGAUGUCCGUGGUGGUCCGGCACCCCCUUUCCAAUCAAGUUGUGGUAUAUACAAAGGGUGCUGAUUCUGUCAUCAUGGAAUUGCUCUCCAGGGGCUCCCCAGAUGGAGCAACUCUGGAAGAACAGCAGAUGCUCAUAAGGGAGAAAACCCAGAGGCACUUGGAUGACUACGCCAAGAGAGGACUGCGCACCUUGUGCAUUGCCAAGAAGGUCAUGAGUGACAGCGAAUAUGCAGAGUGGCUGCGGGAUCAUUUCUUAGCUGAAACCAGCAUUGACAACAGGGAAGAGCUACUCACGGAAUCUGCCAUGAGGCUGGAGAACAAACUGACAUUGCUUGGUGCUACUGGCAUUGAGGACCGUCUGCAGGAGGGCGUGCCUGAGUCUAUAGAAGCCCUGCACAAAGCUGGCAUCAAGAUCUGGAUGCUGACCGGGGACAAGCAGGAGACGGCUAUCAACAUUGCUUAUGCAUGCAAACUCCUGCAGCCAGAGGAUAAGCUCUUUAUCCUCAAUACUGAGAGCAAAGAUGCCUGCGAGAUGCUGAUGAGCACAAUUCUGAAAGAACUUCAGAGCAAAGGCACAGGCUGUCCUGAGCAGGCAUCACUACAGGAGGAGCUAGCACAGCCCAGCACCCCCAAGGACUCGGGCCCACGGGCUGGGCUCAUCAUCACUGGGAAAACCCUGGGGUUUGCCCUGCAGGAGAAUCUGCAAAGGCGGUUCCUGGAGCUGACCGCUUGGUGUCAAGCUGUGGUCUGCUGCCGAGCUACACCCCUACAGAAAAGCGAGGUGGUGAAACUGGUGCGCAGUCGUCUUCAGGUGAUGACCCUGGCUAUUGGUGAUGGUGCCAAUGACGUCAGCAUGAUACAAGUGGCAGACAUUGGGAUAGGUGUUUCAGGUCAAGAAGGCAUGCAGGCAGUGAUGGCCAGCGACUUCGCCAUCUCUCAGUUCAGACACCUCAGCAAGCUCCUCCUGGUCCACGGGCACUGGUGUUACACUCGACUUUCCAACAUGAUUCUCUACUUUUUCUAUAAGAAUGUGGCCUAUGUGAACCUCCUUUUCUGGUACCAGUUCUUUUGUGGGUUUUCAGGAACUUCUAUGACUGACUAUUGGGUUUUGAUCUUCUUUAACCUCCUCUUCACGUCUGCCCCACCCGUCAUUUAUGGCGUUUUGGAGAAAGAUGUUUCUGCAGAGACCCUCAUGCAGCUGCCUGAGCUUUAUCAAAGUGGCCAGAAAUCAGAGGCGUACUCACCUCUCACCUUCUGGAUAACCUUGCUGGAUGCCUUUUACCAAAGCCUGGUUUGCUUCUUUGUGCCUUACUUUACGUAUCAGGGCUCAGACAUUGACAUUUUUACAUUUGGAAGCCCCCUGAACACAGCUGCCCUGUUCAUCAUUCUUCUGCACCUGGUCAUUGAAAGCAAGAGUUUGACUUGGAUACACUUGCUGGUCAUCGUUGGUAGCAUCCUGUCGUACUUUGUCUUCACCUUAGCUUUUGGAGCCAUGUGUGUGACUUGCAACCCCCCUUCCAACCCUUACUGGAUUAUGCAGGAGCACAUGCUGGACCCAAUGUUUUACUUAGUAUGUAUCCUCACAACCUGCAUUGCUCUUCUGCCCAGGUUCACAUACCGAGUUCUUCAGGGAUCCCUGUUUCCAUCAGUGAUUCUGAGAGCAAAGCACUUGGACAGACUAACUCCAGAAGGAAGGACUCAAGCUCUCAAGAAGUGGAGAAAGGCUAGCAAAAUGCAUCAAGCGACCUCUGAGUGUGCUGACCCCUCAGCUAACAAAUCGGGAAAAACACCUCUGUCUGCCCUUUCUGCUGAACUGACCUUGAAGACAGCAACUUCCUGCACCGUGGACCAAGGGAAUGGUCCUGUGUGUGAAACUACAGUAGACGUAGGCUGUUCUGGAACUAAACCCUCAGAGACGAAUGGCCCCUCGACAUGUUAAGAAAGCAGGGUACCACCUUUGGAAUUGUAAGUUCUCUUCCAAGUUUUGGAAGAGAGAUUACCAGGAAGCUCCCCAGCAAGUAAGACUCUCUUGUAUUUUUGUACAAGGACCCGAACAUCGUUUUGGCCUUGGAAAAUUUAAUUUGUAAAACGGGGAUGGUGUUUUGCUUGGGCAGAAAUUAGUAUUUAUUUAGGAAUCAAAUGCUUUUAUGAAACUUCUAGGAUUUUAUAAAAGCAUUUUGUUUUAGAAACGAAGACAUUUUCCAAAGGAGUCCAUUAGAGAUGUGUUUAUUGUACUGAGUGCACUCAGUCUUGGGAAA